UAUCCCGCAAACGUGCUCAUCAAUCCAACGCAAAACUUCUCAUUCUUUCUCACAAUGAAGUACUCUAUUGCCUCUAUUGCGUCUCUAGUCGCCCUCGGGGAGUGCCUUUCUUUGCCUCCUCUCAUUCCCACUAUCCCUGGUGUGACCGAGGCUCUGACUACCAACGCCCCUCCUUUGCCUAUUCUGCAGGUCCCAACUCCUCCAUUGGAGAGCCCUCCGUUCACUCCAAGUGACAUCAAGCCCAAGAAGAUUGGUUACUUCUGGACUGGAUCUGCCGACAAGUUCCACAAGGAUUUCCUCGCCACCUAUAGUCUGGACGAUGAUACCUUCGGUACUCUUUUGUGGGUGACGGAUGUCCCCUCCAGCGGCAAUGACCCUCACCAUCUUGGACCCUCCCUCGAUGGAAAGACCAUUUGGGGCGGUGGCUUGCUGUCUCUUCUGAAGACUCAGGACACUGGGUUCUAUUUCGACACCUCUGACCCUUACCGCCCUAAGUUCCUCAAGAGCAACCGCGGUAUCCUCGCAUCUAUUGCGGAUGAGGUCCGGGCCAAGCCCGAUGGUGGCUUUUUUAUCACCUACAUGGGUUCGGCUGUGGGUACCUCCCCCGGCCGUCUCAUUGAGACUGAUGCGAACUUUGACAUCAUCCACGAGUGGCCCGAGGAUGUCGAAGGUACCCUCAAUAUUCUUGGUCAGCAAUUCUCUCCUCACGGACUGAGUAUCGACUGGGAGAAGAAGCUCAUUCUUACUUCCGACUUCGUCGAGCCCAUCACUAUCCUGAAGCCCAGUCUUGGAGUGCGCCGUGCCGAUACCCUUCGCCUUUGGGAUUUGGACUCGAGAAAGAUUAUCAGCACUCUUACCAUUCCCAACGGUGGCGGUAUUCAAGACGUCAAGUUCAUUCCCGGACACCCUGAAUCUGCUGCUAUCGCCACUGCUGUGCACCUGGGUCAGCUUUGGGUUAUCUACCCUUUGCGCAAGGAUGCGAACGGUAACCAGGGCGUGAUUGAAGAGCUCUUUGACCUUGGACCCAAGGCCCGUGACACUAUUGCCAUCUACUCCGACAUCAGCCAGGACGGUAAAUACUUCUACGCCACCUUGACCACCGCCAACCACAUUGCUGCCCUGGAUAUCAGUGACUUGAGCAACAUCAAGCGUCUCGAUGACCCUGAUGAGGACCAACCCACCGUCGGGCCCCACUACAUCAAGGUCACUCCCGACCAGAAGCACUUGGUUGUCACCGAUUACUUCGUCCAGACUGGCGAUAUUGGUAUCAUCAACACCCCUGCUGACUUCAAGGCUCUUUACAUCGAUCUUCAGGAGGAUGGAAGCCUUUCCUUCAACCGGACCAUUGAUUUCAGCAAGGAGUUUGCCAACCGUGGUGGAGCUAAGCCACAUUCUAGUGUGGUAUUUGACCUCACUGAUCCCGAGAACCCUCUCUACUACUAA